ACUUGAUGUCAAAGAGAGUUGGGGGAGCCGGGAGAAGUCAUCACUGACAGUGAUUUUUGAACUAUUCCUUCGUCCACCUUGGAAAUAAGACACGGAUGUUCAGCUUAAAUGAUCGCCCUUGGCUGUAGCUAUAUAUAUGGCAUCUUCCAUGAAGCCGAUCUCAAGAAGUAUUAUGGAAACUUCAAAGAAAAGAAAACAUGAAAAUGAAGAACAGAUUGAAUCUUCAUCUAUUACAGGAAGUUCAAUAAUGGGUGAAGAAAGUGAGACAUGCGACUUGCAAUGUUCAGCGAAGAGAAAAUCAAUUAUGAGGUCAUCUUCAGAAGAAGGAAUAGGCCUCAGCAGUUCAGAGGAUGAUGAUGAAACAGACAAAAGUUAUACAGAAAGAAGAUUAAUAGAUGGGGGAACAGGAACUUUCCAGUAUAGGGAUUUAAAGAACGCGAACAUUUUCUACAGUGAAAAACCUGACUCCAUCGAGGAAUUUAUUCAGGAUAUUAAAGUUGACAUUUUGAAGAAUUUUCCAGAAAUCCCAGAUUUUGAAAACAGUGUUAGAAAGUUAAGCAGUCGUACCAGAGAUAAUCUUUUGUUUUCGUUUGACUUGGAUAAUAUCUUGAAACAUUUGGAUGACGGAUACGCUCACAAGAACUAUGUGGAAGUAGAAUGGAUGAAACAGAUACGAUCAGACUUUGUAAGGGCAGAGCAAGUGGACAAAGCUUUGAAUCUCACUGAUAUGUUUGACAGACAUUGGUUCUCUGCUGUAAAGAACUUUCUAAUAUCAACAAUGUCUUUAAUCACAACCGUUCUGAAUCCACCUGAUGAUGGACAAUGUUUACUUAAAUCUAAGAAAGCGAGGAAAAAAAGGAAAAACAAAGGAAAAAAACUUGCAGAGAGUGCUGAGAGAGGACGACAACCUUUACAGAGUGUUUACCAUCAUUACUUUACCAGGAUUGGAGAACUUUUCUUUCUGAAACAAAGAGCUGUGGUCAACAGAACCUAUAUUUUUGGUGAUAAGAUAGUAAGUAACGUUCCAGAUUUAGCCUACGGAUUUGCUUCAAGACCAGUCGCUGUACAGAAAAAUGUCCUGUUGUCUGUAGUUGAGGUGGAAGGAAAACCAGUCAACAAUGAUAUGUCUGAAUGUUUGGAGGAUCAACUGGACCCUGAUGUUCUUGGGCGAGUUGGAUCCGAGCUCUUUGCAGUAGUGCCCCACUCUGUAAUGUUCCCUAAUUCCCUGGGAAUGAUAUGUAUGGGAACCAAAAUUAUAUUUGUAUAUCUGAAAAUUAAAAGAGAACCUGGUGAGCUCCUGAUUUUGCCACUCAAAAGUAAAGGAAUUAUUCAGUAUACCAGACCUUUUGACAUAUUGAAGGCACAGGAUAGAGGAGAUGUCUGUGAAAUUCUGUAUUGGCUUGGUUGUGUACAAAAUCAUUGUGAUAGAGAAUUGCUGUUGACCACAUGAUUAUGUGCACAUUUAAAAUUAAAGAAAGAAUGAGUUUUGAAGACAAGAUUCUGAAGAUUUGUAAGACUGGACUAAGCCAAAUGCCAAUCAAUAUCGGAAUUUUCUUUAAGGAUGUUGAACAUAUCAAUUGGAUAUUAUUGGCUUGCCUGUAUGAAUAACAUCUUGUGUUUUGUUAAAUGCAAACAUUUUGAAAGAAAUAUUGUAAAAAUUGAUUAAACAGUCCUUAAGCCAUUUAUUUUUCACAUUGCAUGUCAUAGAAUUAUUUGAAGAAUAAUUAAAAUUUGCUGUUAUGAUGUUGCCGAAAUUUUCUUUGGUAAUAUUGCGAAUUUCCUAUGCUUUGGGACACAUCUAGUACAUUUCUUUAAAAUGUAAAAUACAUUCAGUGUUUUAUCAAUGUCAAUUUUGUUCAUGAAUAUUUAUUCUGUUGGAACAUGACGUUGAACUUCACAAGUUUCUCAAAUGAGUGCAUCUGGUAAUUAAUCAAUAUUAUUAAGUAACUUUCAGAGUUAUUUUUUAAAAAUUUUAUAUCAAAUAAAAUAUGAAUACUGAUCAACCAUUUAUUGUUUUGUUAUUUAAAACAAAUCAUAUUAGCAAAUGUUUGUAAUGAGAAUUACAAUGUUACUAGAUUUCACCUGGUCACGUCACUUUUUCAAUAUCUGUGAUUUAUGUGAAAUUGACUGUCAAACUUUGCAAUUUUGUAUUUUGUUAAAACUCACAAAGAACAAAAUAAAAAGAAUCAAGUCUAAUGAGUAUGCUAAAUAUGUAGAUGUAAGGUUAGUACUGCUUAAAAUAAUGUUUGAAACUGACAAAUUAUAUUUUUGAUGAAUGCGUUAUAUAUGUUCAACUCUUUAAAGCAAACUUUUUGUAGAGAUUGUCUUUUACGUUUUAAUAUUCAACAACGAUAGCAUAUAAUUACAUACAUUAGUUGUCCAUAGUGAUACUCUUUCUGGUAGUAAUGAACAACACGCUCCUUUUCAAAAUUCUGUCGUUCCCUUUUUGAUAUGAAAACAAUGCAUCCACUGCUAUUGUUACCUAUAUUUUACUUAAUUUAAAAAACCAUUUGUCCAUUGUCAAACAUAUCCCUUUGUCUAUUGUCAAACAUAUCCCUAACCUUUCGAUGUACUUCUAAUGCAAGUCUAUUACUGCAAUAUGGGCAGUUAGGAUCAAUUUAAGAGAUCAAACUAUAGUUUUAUAUGAUUUUCAUUUUACAUGUGUAGUUUAAUUAGAAUAUUAUAUCUGCACGCCUUCAUCAUCUGUCACGUAUGCAUGAUCGUGAGCUGCCGAUGACAUAAUGUAUUGCCAAUAGCAGAGGGAAAGUAUAUUGUUUAGAUCUCACGUUUUCCGGACAAAACAGCUGUUGUUUGAAAGCUUGACACGCGCACGAAAUUGACAUAUCUUCUAAGCGUUUACGCGUGAUUUCAUUCCUACCUUAUCUCCCUCGUUAGAAGAGUCCAAUUAAAGGGAAAUGGCCCCAAUAUCGGUCAAUUUUUUCCCCGUUUUAUAAUGUUUACAAUGUUUCAAUGAGGCAUUUUCAAUAGUCAGCCAAAAUUUAAAUUUUAUUCGUCUUGUUUAUAUUGAAUUAAAAUUCUGGAAAAACUUUGAGCCAUAUUAGUAACUGCAAUACACUGCACAUAUAUUAAGUUAUAUGCAAGGAAUUAUAAUGAUAUUUGCACAAAGGUAUAUUCACUAAUUAAUAAAGCAAUAUGUAUAUGAGCUGUACAGCUGUUGACCAAUAAACAAUACGAUACAAUACAAACCAAAAGACUUUCCCCGAUCAAAUGCGGGCCCUUUUACCUGACAUACAUUUAUCUCCGGUUCAAGAAAAAAAGAGAAGCGUAACCAAUCUAAUAAAAUUUGACCAUGCGGC